AUGUCUUCUGAAAAGGUGAACCAUUCCGAGGAGUUGGAACGGCCUAGUCAGCUCUCCGUCACCGAACUCCUUGCUUCCGAAAACUCGCUGCUGAAUGGUUUGCAAUCAGUCAAUGCAUGGAAGGAGACCUUCCAUCGUCCCUCAGGCGCCAUCCUUGGAUUCAUGUCUGCUUCAUACCCUUUAGGAGCCAUUCUCUCUACGCCAUUCUCUGCUCCCAUUUCGGAUAAAUUUGGUCGACGCUGGACUAUCUUGAUUGGUAGUAUAAUCAUGGUUGGAGGCGUCAUUAUGCAAGCUGCAGCAAAUACUAUCGGUGUAUUUAUCGGUGCCAGGAUUAUUGUCGGCUUCGGGAUUACUCUUGCAUUGACCACUGGUCCUAUCUUGAUCUCGGAGCUCGCACAUCCUCGGCAUCGAGUAGUCUUCACAGCACUUUACAAUACUAGUUGGUAUUUGGGUGCGCUUUGUGUGGCUUGGAUUACCUAUGGCUCCGCCAGGAUGGGCAGCAACUGGGCAUGGCGACUUCCUACGGCAAUCCAGGCGAUGCCUGCAAUCCUACAAAUCAUUUUCAUUUUCUUCCUCCCGGAGUCCCCUCGCUGGCUGAUUUAUAAGGACCGUGGUGAUGAAGCUUUGAACAUUCUGAUCAAAUACCACGGUGGUGGUGACCCCGAUGACGAUCUCGUUGCCGCUGAGUACCGCGAGAUUACGGAAACUCUUCACGCCGAGAAGGCGAUCAAGGCUGCUGGUAUGAAGCUUUUUAUCACCUCUCCUGCGAAUCGACAAAGGCUCUUGAUCCUAUGCACACUCGCGGUCGCUGGACAGUGGUCUGGCAACGGUUUAGUCUCCUAUUACUUAGCCAAAAUCCUUGGCACCAUUGGCAUCAAAGGUCAACGCACUCAAACCCUCAUCAACGGACUACUGACUACGACAAACUGGUGCACCGCGGUCUUCGCAGCUUUUAUGACCGGUAAAGUUGGUCGCAGAAAGAUGUUCGUACUUGGCGGUAUUGCAAUGUUCUCCACCUUCUCGGCUCUCACAAUCUGUGUGGCUGUAUUCAACGAAACUGCUUCCCCAGCAGCAGGUCGUGCGGCUCUUGGUCUCAUAUUCAUCUAUUACACGACCUACAACAUCUGCCUGAACCCGUUGUUCUACCUCUACCCUGCGGAAAUUUUGCCUUUCCGUAUGCGAGCCAUGGGAAUGAGUAUCCUCGUAUCGACAAAUAAAAUUGCCCUCUUCUUCAACCAGCUUGUCAACCCGGUUGGACUAGACAAUAUCGGGUGGAAGUAUUACUUGGUCUUCGUGGUGUGGAUCGCGAUUGAGACAACUAUUUUCUACUUCUUCUUCCCUGAGACAUUGGGACACAGUUUAGAGGGCGUGGGAGCAAUCUUCAAUGAGAUUGACGAGAAAACGGCCAUGGAGGCUAAAGGAGCCCACCUGCCAAAAGUGGAACAGGGCACGACAGGUGUUGAAUUCAUUGAAAGGAAUUGA